GCGGUAAUGGCGGAGCUGGUACAGGGGCAGAGCGCUCCGGUGGGCAUGAAAGCCGAAGGUUUUGUGGACGCUCUGCACCGGGUCCGGCAGAAAGCCACAGGACUCAUUGUGUUAGAAGAAGGUCUCCACUUGGGCGCUUGAAGAUGUGGUUUUUUUCAUCUCUUUCCAGUAUGCCAAGGGAGGGAAUUGGCACCUGUCUGCUAGAUACUGACUUCUCAUGUUAAUACUGAUGUUCCUGUAGACAUUACACUGGAUCCCAGAACUUUCCAAACCUGUUUCUACCUAAAAUUUUGUCUGAUGAAUUGUUGCUUGUUGCUUAGUUGUCAAGCAAUCCAGUAGUGAGUGUCCAUCUUGCUUAGACCACAGAGCAUCCGGCUGGCUGUAAUGGAUGAACAUGCCACCCAGCUCGCUUUCCACCAUUCUGCUUGCUCGGAGAUUACUGUGCUCUCCUCCACAGUACAGGAUCCUGAACCUUGCCUCUCACUGGCUACUAAUAAUAUAAUGGCUUUCACUCUGUGCGAUGUGUGACAGUCACCUUGUUGGCCUUCUAUGUCCAGGAAGAAUUUAGAGUCACUAUCCUAAAAGAACUCAGACCCUCAGUUUCUAGGAGGCUUGUAGUUGAACAUUAAAUGAAUCUUGAACUAUUGCGAAGACCUUAAUGCGUUUCUUGAGCCAGUGGUUGAACUCGUAUUUUUGGACAGCCUGCUCAAGAGGGAGAUCUCUGUUAAAUGCUGACCUGAUGUGGAUUGUUGCAGCAGGGGUGUUUCACUCCUAGCAGUGAAAACUUCAUUGGAUUUGUUCUCAGCUGUGAGGUGCACCAUUGACUGGAGCAGUAAUGAGCCCGCUGGAGCCAGGGCUAUAACUGUAUUCCUUCUGAAUUUAACAGCUGAAGGUCCUUACUGUCUCCAAGGAUUUGAUGGCAUUUAAAAACUAAAGGAGAAUCAAGUUUAUUGCUGCUAAAAUUGAUUCAAUUCCUCACUUGAAUAACUCCACGCCUCUAGUGGACCCCUCAGUGUACGGCUAUGGAGUGCAGAAGCGGCCCCUGGAUGAUGGAGUAGGUAACCAGUUAGGGGCCUUGGUACAUCAAAGGGCAGUCAUAACAGAAGAAUUCAAAGUGCCUGAUAAAAUGGUUGGGUUUAUUAUUGGCAGGGGAGGUGAGCAGAUUUCACGGAUUCAAGCAGAAUCUGGUUGCAAAAUUCAAAUUGCCUCAGAGAGUUCUGGGAUUCCAGAGAGGCCCUGUGUACUUACCGGAACCCCAGAAAGUAUUGAACAAGCCAAAAGACUCCUGGGGCAGAUUGUCGACCGCUGUCGGAAUGGCCCUGGUUUUCACAAUGACGUAGACGGCAACAGCACGAUCCAAGAGAUACUUAUCCCUGCCUCGAAAGUGGGCCUGGUCAUCGGCAAAGGAGGAGAAACAAUCAAGCAGCUGCAGGAGCGCACGGGAGUGAAGAUGGUCAUGAUCCAGGAUGGCCCACUGCCCACAGGCACAGACAAGCCCCUCCGCAUCACUGGGGACACCUUUAAAGUGCAGCAAGCAAGAGAAAUGGUACUAGAGAUCAUCCGAGAAAAAGACCAGGCUGACUUCCGAGGUGUUCGUGGCGACUUCGGCUCCCGGCUGGGAGGAGGCAGUAUAGAGGUAUCCGUGCCCAGGUUUGCUGUUGGGAUCGUAAUAGGAAGAAAUGGGGAAAUGAUCAAGAAGGUCCAGAAUGACGCUGGUGUGAGGAUUCAGUUUAAGCCAGAUGAUGGGGUCAGUCCGGAAAGAGCGGCCCAGGUCAUGGGCCCUCCGGACCGGUGUCAGCACGCAGCGCACAUCAUCAACGAGCUGAUCCUCACGGCGCAGGAAAGAGACGGCUUUGGAGGCCUGGCCAUAGCCAGAGGAAGAGGCCGCGGCCGGGGUGACUGGAGCGUGGGUGCGCCGGGUGCCGUCCAGGAGAUAACGUACACGGUGCCCGCGGAUAAGUGUGGCCUUGUCAUAGGCAAAGGGGGCGAGAACAUCAAGAGCAUCAACCAGCAGUCGGGGGCACAUGUGGAGCUGCAGCGGAACCCCCCACCCAGCACCGACCCCAGCCUGCGGAUAUUCACCAUCAGGGGCAUCCCGCAGCAGAUCGAGGUGGCUAGGCAUCUCAUAGAUGAGAAAGUCGGCGGAACCGGCCUCAGUGCUGCUGGAGCCUUUGGACAGAACCCCUUCAGCCAGCCGCCCACCGCCCCCCACCAAAAUGCCUUUCCUCCGAGGGGUUCUUCAGGUUGCUUUCCCAACCUUGCCGCUAAGGUGAACGGAAACCCCCACAGCACCCCUGUGAGUGGCCCUCCCACCUUCCUGACCCAGGGCUGGGGCAGCACCUACCAGGCAUGGCAGCAGCCCGCGCAGCAGGUCCCAAGCCAGCAGAGCCAGCCGCAGAGCAGCCAGCCGGACUACAGCAAAGCCUGGGAGGACUACUACAAAAAGCAGAGUCACCCGGGCCACGCCCCCAGCGCAGCUCCUCAGGCCAGCUCGCCGCCGGACUACACAAUGGCCUGGGCUGAGUACUACCGGCAGCAGGUCGCCUUCUAUGGACAGACGUUAGGACAGGCGCAGGCGCACAGUCAGGAGCAGUAGAGCCCGCCGUGCGCCGCGCUUCCCCUCGAGAUCAGUGUGAAGAAACCUGUUUGUAACAGAGGUUUUAGAUUUGCGGACCUUUUGAUGAAGAACUUUCAUUUUGUUCUGUGAAACACUAUAUUUAGAUUAACAGGAUAUUUCUAAAAUCUGGGAAAUUAGUUACUAAAAUUGCUGAUAAUUUUUAUUACGUUAUUUUUGUUCGUUAUUUUAAGCAUGUAAGCUCUGGGGUUCUUUUGGAGCAGUACCUACAAAUCCAGGUGCCAGAACGUGCCUCGGAGCAGUGACAUUUCAACGUGGUGUUUUGUUUUGUUCUGCUUUAUUUUUGUCUUUUUAUUUACAGAGUUUUUUUGUUUUGGGUUUUGGUUUUGUCUGUUGCAACAGAAGGUGGCUUGGAAGUCUUAGGUAGUAUGUAACAAAUUCUUUUUAAAAAUUUUUAAACAGUAUUUAAAUAUUCUUAAAUGUGUAAAUUCAUUAAGUGUUUUACUUCUAAUUUCUUGUAUCUUGGCUGUCUGAUUUUAUUGCAUUUUUUAAAAACCUGAACUAUUAUGUAUUGUAAUUAAUUAUGUGAAUUCUGAAUUGAGACAGAUAAUUGUAUUGCCGUCCAGCAGGGCGUGGGAGGGGACAUUUUGUAGAGUUUAUAUAAUUUCUAGAGUUCUAAGGGGGUAAUAUAAACGUGGGGAUGUAUUUAGCAGACUUUUCCGUGUCUCAUUAUUGGUUGCAGUUGUGUAUCUAAGACCUCCAAGCUGGUUUUAAAAACAAAACAAAAAACCUUUAUUCUCUCAGAAAUAUAAAUACUGUUAUUUUUAAUAUUAAAAAGAAAUUCAAUAUAACUUUUAACAAACACUGUGGAACAUUAAACCAUAUAAAAAUGUAGUAACUAUUUUUUAAUUCCAAGGUGUUUUUUGCUUUUUUCUUUUAAAUAUUUUCUUAAUAUUUGUCAGAUUAAC